AUGUCGAAGCCAACAUACAACAUCGCCAUGGUCAGCGACUUCUUCUUCCCACAGCCAGGAGGAGUCGAAAGCCACAUCUACCAGCUCUCCCAAAGACUCAUCGACAGGGGCCAUAAGGUCGUGAUCAUUACCCAUGCGUACGACGAUCGGAAAGGUGUCCGCUACCUCACCAAUGGGCUCAAGGUCUAUUACGUGCCCUUCUUCGUGAUCUACCGUUCAGCAAGCUUCCCCACCGUCUUCUCCUUCUUCCCCAUAUUCCGAAACAUCAUCAUACGCGAGCAGAUCAACAUCGUACACGGCCAUGCCUCUCUCAGUAACCUCUGCUGGGAGGCCACACUGCAUGCCCGGACCAUGGGCAUCAGGACCAUCUUCACGGAUCACUCGCUCUUCGGCUUUGCCGAUGCCGCCAGCAUCCUCACCAAUAAGUUGCUCAAGUUCACCUUGAGUGAUGUCGACCAUGUUAUUUGCGUCAGCAACACCAGCAAGGAGAACACCGUGCUCCGUGCCUCACUAGAUCCUCUCAUGGUCUCCGUGAUCCCCAACGCGGUCGUGGCUGACAACUUUAAGCCGCUUGAUCAUUCCCUUGAGGGUUCCGGCACCGGUUCUGCCAACAGCUCGUUCGGCAAUGACUAUCCUGUCCCGGCUCAUCGUCUAGGCCCCCACGACACCGUUACCAUUGUUGUUAUCUCCCGCCUUUUCUACAACAAGGGUAUCGACCUCCUUGUGGCAGCCAUUCCACGAAUCCUGGACCAUCAGCCAAAUACACGCUUCAUCAUCGCUGGCUCUGGCCCCAAAGCCAUCGAUCUCGAGCAGAUGAUCGAGCAGAACGUCCUCCAGGACCGCGUCGAGAUGCUGGGCAGCGUGAGGCACGAGGAGGUUCGGGACGUCAUGGUCCGCGGGCACAUAUACCUGCAUCCUUCGUUGACCGAGGCCUUCGGAACGGUCAUCGUCGAGGCCGCGAGCUGUGGGCUGUACGUCGUGUGCACCCAGGUCGGCGGCAUCCCAGAGGUGCUGCCAGGCUACAUGACCCAGUUCGCCAAGCCGGAGGAAGACGACAUCGUCGCUGCCACCGUCAAGGCCAUCGCCGACAUCCGGGCGAACAAGAUCCGCACGGAGAGGUUCCACAACGAGAUCAAGAAGAUGUACUCGUGGACCGACAUCGCCAAGCGCACCGAGCGGGUGUACAACGGCAUAUCGGGGGACAUCAGCGAGGCGGAUUUCUACAACGCGGCCAGCGUGGGCGCCACGAGGGGCGGGAUCCAGCGCGACUUUGCCCUCAUCGACCGCCUCAAGAGGUACUACGGGUGCGGCAUAUGGGCGGGCAAGCUGUUCUGCCUCUGCGUGAUCAUCGACUACCUCUUCUUCCUCUUCCUCGAGUGGGUGGCGCCGAGGGGCGAUAUCGAUAUCGCGGCUGAGUGGCCGCGGAAGCAGCUUGUUGAGGACACAAAGGAAAAGAGCAAGAGAGGCAGGUGA